UGCGGGCUGGCAGUUAUCCAGCAACAGGUGAGGCUAAUUGCUGAGCGGUUGUUUGGUAAAUGAAGAUUUUAGCGGACAGCGCUGGAAAAACUGGAUAUAAAGUUUACUGAGAGACGGGUCACCAGAAGGGUCCUGAACAUUGCAGAUUGAACACAAAUGGCUCUACUGGUUCAGAUACCCAUGAAGAACUUAACUACCUGGAUCAGGUGAAGUGGCUACAAACUCGCAUCGUCAGAAAGAAAGCAGGUGUCCAACAUGGCGAACACGGCCAGCGGAUCUCUCGCAGCUCUACUCUUUUUAUUCACGGUUGCGGCGGCUGUUCUCAAAGGAGCAGCUCAGUACCCAGUCCAAAGCCAGAACCUUGUGACAGACAACGUCUCAGUGGUGGAGGGGGAAACGGCCACUAUCAGCUGUCGAGUCAAAAAUAAUGACGACUCCGUCAUCCAGCUUCUCAACCCCAACAGACAGACCAUCUACUUCAAAGAUGUCAGACCCCUGAAGGAUGCUCGCUUUCAGCUGGUCAACUUCUCAGACAACGAGCUGCGUGUGGCUCUGUCCAACGUGUCUCUCUCAGACGAGGGUCGAUACGUGUGUCAGCUCUACACGGACCCUCCGCAGGAGGCCUACGCCGACAUCACUGUGCUGAUCCCACCAGGCAACCCAAUCAUCGAGUCCCGCGAUGACAUUGUGAGUGAAGGCAAUGAGACAGAGAUAACCUGCACGGCCAUGGGCAGCAAACCUGCCGCCACCAUCAGAUGGAUGAAGGGAGACAAAGAGCUACAAGGCAAGUCUAAAGUGGAGGUCACGUACGACAGGAUGUUCACUGUGACCAGUUCGUUAAGGCUCACUGUCACAAAGGAAGACGAUGGCGUUCCUGUGGUCUGCAUCGUGGACCAUCCCGCAGUGAAGGAUUUCCAGGCUCAGAAAUACCUGGAAGUUCAGUACAAACCAGAGGUAAAGAUCGUGGUGGAGUUUCCACAGGGCCUGACCAGGGAAGGAGAGAACCUGGAGUUGACGUGCAAGGCCAAAGGCAAACCACAGCCUCAGCAGGUGAACUGGGUGAAAGUGGACGAUGAUGUUCCAUCUCACGCUGUAAUCACCGGCACAGACCUCUAUAUCGAGAACCUUAACAAGUCCUACAACGGCACUUACAGGUGUGUGGCUUCCAACUCGGUGGGUGAAUCCUACGAUGACUACAUCCUCUAUGUGUACGAUGCCCUCACCACUACCCCUAUACCCACAACAGCCACUACCACCAUGUACACCACCACCUCCCUCCCAGGCAUCACCCAAGACGCUGCGCCCAGCACUGAACCCGCUGCUCACGUAGACUCCAGAGCGGGAGCAGGAGCUCAGAGGGCGGUGGAUCACGCCGUUAUCGGAGGAGUGGUGGCCGUGGUGGUCUUCGCCAUGCUUUGUCUGCUUAUCAUUUUGGGCCGAUACUUCGCGAGACACAAAGGCACCUACUUCACACACGAAGCGAAAGGGGCAGACGACGCAGCAGACGCUGACACGGCCAUCAUCAACGCUGAGGGCGGACACAACAACUCGGACGAGAAGAAGGAGUACUAUAUCUGAUUGUGCAAGCCUCUGGUGUUGUUGUUAUAAUUAUUUUUUAUUUGAUUUUGUUUCGUUUUCUUUUUCCUUUCUCUUUUUGACGGGUGGGCGGGGUGGGGCAUGGAUGGGUAAAGACGAGGGAAUGUUUCGUUUUUCUUGCUAGGGAUUGAAUGAUGUAGAAUGCUACCUGGACAACUGAGAAGACGUAGGCAUCCGUAUUUGAGUAAGGAAGGGGCGGUGGGUUAAACGGUGUGGGGUGGGUUGGGUUGGGUUGGUUUGGUUUGGUGGGGAGGGGUAAAGGGGUGGGCUUUGGUUGUUCCCAGAUAUCACUGUAGAGAGCUUCACCAUUCAACACCUCCCAAACUGCUGGUACUAUUGUUCAGUUCCUACCAUUUGCAGAAACUUCUGUGCCUUGUUCUGAAUUUCUUUUCUUAGUCAUGCUUUUUUUUUUCUCGAAACUCGGCGUGUCAUGUUGCCCCCAACAUACAUACAUAUAUAAAUAUAAAAUCCGUUCCCCUUUAUUUUGUUCCUCACUAAUGUUGCUGCCUGCUUUUUUACACAGCGCCUCAAGACACCCCUGCACUGUGUAGGCAUCGAGUUCUUCUCCUGCAAAACCAAAAUCUCAUCAGAUCCUAUCUUCCUUUAUACUGUGAGCGGGCCAGGUCACGUGGCACCGUUUUUAACACCUUUUUGGUAAUUCCGGAAUAUGUGCAUCUGACGUCCUAAACAUUGUGCCCUCGGCGGGAUUAAAAAAAGAAAUAAAAAUAAAACGGAGCGAGGAAAAGCGAAAGCUCUCAGUCCCUGUAAGAGUGCUGACCUUGAACACUGCUGAACCUGUUUUCGUUCUGACAGGCCUGUCUGCAUUGCUAUAGAAUGCUUUUAUUCCUCCCUCUGUUUUCCUCAAUUUACUUUUUAAAUUUCAUGUGCCAGUACAUUUGAAGCAUUGCUACUGUUCGGAACGAGCAUAGGUGCAGACAAAUUAUUCCCGACUUGACAUGCUGCACUUACAGAAGCAAAUUGUUUGGUUCCACUCAGCUAGAUGAUAGAGCUGAAAGCCCUUUAGGUAUUUAUUGUUUUGGUAAAAUGAUGUCUUGGGAUUUUUUUUAGCCAUAUCCAUCCAAAGUGGCAUACGAACUGUCAUUACCUUCAAAAGAGAAAAAAAUGAAGAAAAAAAAAAACACAAAAGAUCAAAAAUGCUGUUUGUCUUUCAACUUGCUCUAGAUGCUCUAGCUUUCCUGAGCUGGUGAUGAUGGUCCUGUAGCACAUGCUUAUCUGACUACCUAAAAUUGUGUCAAAGCAAACUGGUGGUAGGUUUUAGAUUCUGGUUUCCGUAUAUAUAUAUAUAUAUGGCUUGACAGCGUAGGACGCAACUGCAAACGCCAUGUUUGGGUUUAUUUUUUUGGACUCAGAGGGAUGUUCUAAGACUAUUAAUCAGAUUUAUAACUGUACUACCUUAAGAUGCGUCUUUAACAGCCAAAAGAAGAAGAUGUUUACUGCUGUAGACAUUGCGGUUAGGUGUUGAUGAACAUCCGUGAGCAAGCCCCAGCUGUGACAUAAUGGCAUAUAAUUGAUAUUAGCUGCACUGCUAACAUACAGUGUUUACCACAUUCAAAGUGGUUUAUAUUGUAUGACGAAUACAUCUUCAGACCAAACUGGCCAAAAGAUUCAGUUUAGCUGCUUUCUAAAGCCAGAUUUAUUGUAUCUCGAGGUUUCUUGGGACUAAACGCAGCAUCUGAUUAUCAUAUAAACCCAACAUAAGCACAUCAUCCAGUUUAACAACCUUAAUUAACAAUCAUAUUCCUGCUUGAACUGAGAAAAUGGCUCAGGUGUUUUGCAAGUGCUUUUUUUUUGAAGGAGCUACAUGUAAGUUUCGCGCUUUAAAUCCAUAUUUUUUUUGAAAGAGCUUCAGAAAUUCGCUUUGGCUCUUGCUCCUAAGGUGCUGAAUAAUAGCGAAAGGGUCAGGCAGACUCAAAUAAAGCAAGUUUAGCUUGCAUCACUGAGCGCUAACAGCAUAAAUACACACAGCAUACUCAAGCAUUACCCUACAUUGCCCAUACAACCUUACGUGCAGCUCCUUUAGCACUGAAAACCAAUCGAACAGAUUCCAAUAACAUUCCAACAAAAUGGUUUGGAGCAAAUUCAGUAAAUAUUCAGAUGUAUAUAAACUCACCACUACUCUGCCUAGCACUGUCCAAUCGACACUUUCUCCAUACGUUACACUUUAAAGCUGAACGCUAAAGACAACGUAAAAGACAGAUACUGAAAUUCACGGAUAUUUUCUAGCAUUUGAUAGAAUUAAAAUUAAAAACACACAUAUGAACACACACGCACCAGUGUUUUCUGAAGUCUGGCUGAGGAAGCAGGGCUCGUUUCCAGGGCAUAUCGUAGCCCCUGGACAACAUUCAUAUGUCCCAUGUAACACUGUUCUCACACGCUUUAAUAUAUAACAAACGGUUCAGCCAACAAAACUGCACAUGCGCUUUUUCAGUUUUCAGAAACAUUCCACUGUAAAGACUCCAAUCCAGUCCAGGCCAUGUCAAACCCAGAGCUGAGGGCAAGAGCUGAUCUCUCUCUAAUGUAUGUUGCUGUGGGAAGACUAGUGCAAAACACUAAACAUCUGUGAAGUCAAGGUUUUCCUCGUCAUAUUGUGCAAACUGACUGUAGUCGCCAUGAUUUUGUGCCCUGCUGACCUCUGUGUGUAAAUAGGAUGAAUGAGGUUGAGGAGGAGAAAUCAUAUUUGUCAUAUUUGCUUUAAAGAAAAAAAAAAAAAAAACAUCCACUAAGGAUUUUUUUUUUUUGUUUACUGUAUAAAUUUUAUUUUAAGAAAGCAGAUCGGAUUUUUUCCUCAUUUUUAUAACAGUACAGUACAGAACGAAUGUUUUACAGCUACAAGGUUUAAGUGGAGACUGUAAGAUUGUGUGGCUUGUUCUUAGUGAGCAUCGUUUAGCUUUGGUCAAAAGUCUGGUGGCUUCCAUUUACACAGGAUCUCCGAGUCCAUACUCCACCUUUGCAUAUGUGAAAGACAUGAUUCCAGUUCACUGAUUCAGUGGUCGUUUAGACUGGGCCGGUGUACAUUUUGUUAAACUUGAUAUGUUAGACCUAUUUUAAAUGUGUUGGUUGUGGUCUUUUGAGGACUUGAAAUGAUCCAAACUAGGACUUUAUGGAAAUGCAGCGUUGUGCUAAAUUGUUGUUUUUAAGCACCUCCGUUUGUCUUUCACUUGUACAGCCAGUCAAAAAAACAAAACAAAAAAAAAAAGAACCAAUUGAAACUGCGAAAAAGUACAACUGCCUGUGAUAAGGUGUGAAUUUGAAUUUGAGUUGAGUGUUGUCUUUUUUUCUACUGCUACGUUUGUUGUUUCCACUGAUUUCAAUGCCCCUCGUUUGAUAGUGCAACAGUGUUAAUGAUGUAUUUUCGUUUACAUUUUUUUUUUCUUUUCAUUUUGAUCUUGACUUUAAUUUGUUUCUGCCCUGCCUCAGGUUCAUGUACAAUGAAUGCUUUGUUUGCAUCUCAGGUAGAUUGCAAAGUUGAGGCCCCUCCCAUCAAUGAAGUAUACGAGAAUUACAGAAAUCAAGUUCAGACAGAAAUGGUCAAUUUUGCAUUUGGACUGUACAUGUUUUAUGUAGUUCUUUAAUAUUUGGUGCACUGUACAAGAUGUGUUGAGUAUUUUAUUAUUUCUUAGAUCUAGUUCACAAAGAAAGGAUUGCUGACAGAUGUAUGAAAAGACAGAAUCACAAUGGUCAGUUUAAAACUCAACAUAUUUAUCAGUCUGGCUCCAGAUGGGUUGGAUCGCUCGAACGUUUUUGGUCCGUUUCACCCAUUGUUUUAGGUUGAUUCUUUCUUUUUUUGUCUUUCUGCUGUACUUGGGCAAUGUUA